AUUCACCGUUAACCAGGAUUGAGCUUUUGUCUGAGGUUUGCACGGAUAUUUAUUUCACUAAUAAAGCGCUACACAUCUAACAUGGGUACACAAGGCCUUCUGGGCUGCGUUCUCCUAAUCACUUGCCUCACCUUAUCAAAUGCUGGGCUUGUGAAAAAAAUCCUACGGCAUCGACGACAGACUUUGGCAUCCCCUGAAGAUCAAAACAUAACCCUCCCGAGAGCAGAUCAUCCUUUGGUUUUCAACCACGUCUAUAACAUUAAUGUUCCUGGAAGUUCCUUGUGCUCAGUGGACCUAGACACUACAGAAAGUACGCACCUUCAUCCCAAAGAUGCACCAGUCUCCUCAGGCCAUCACAUGACCGAGCACACGCUCGACGGGGAGAACCAGAUUGUCUUCACUCACCGCAUCAACAUACCUCGGCAGGCCUGCGGUUGCACCGACCACUUGCCCGGUCUAAAAGCCCUCAUGAGCCGGCUUGAGAUGCUUGAGGGAGAAGUUUCAGCUUUGAGGGAUCAGUGCCACAGUGAAGGGGCCUGCUGCAGUGCUCAGGUCAAAGGUGAAGUGGGAACAAAACCUUACUGUAAUGGUCAUGGAAACUUCAGCGUUGAAACCUGUGGCUGCAUAUGUGAGCCUGGCUGGAAGGGACCCAACUGCACCGAACCCGAGUGCCCAAAGAACUGCCGGGACCGAGGCCACUGUGUGGAUGGAAAGUGCAAGUGCUUUAAAGGCUUCGCUGGAGAAGACUGCUCAUUUGAGGCCUGCUCUGUGGACUGCAGCGUGCACGGCCAGUGCGUGGGUGGCGUUUGCGUCUGUACGGAUGGUUUCUUUGGCGAAGAUUGUUCUCAGAGCAAGUGCCUCAAUAACUGCCUAGGCCGUGGGCGCUGUGAUGACGGAGACUGUGUGUGUGAUGAACCGUGGACUGGCUUUGACUGCUCUGAGCUUAUCUGCCCCAAAGACUGCUACGACCGUGGACGCUGUCUGAAUGGAACUUGCUACUGCGAUGAAGGAUUCGCCGGGGAAGACUGUGGAGAGCGCAUCUGUCCCAACAACUGCCGUGGUAAUGGUUUCUGUGUCGAUGGCCAGUGCGUCUGCACAGCUGGCUACAGUGGAGAAGACUGCAGUCAGCUCACCUGCCUGAAUGACUGUAACGGUAGAGGAACCUGCUUCAGUGGGAUGUGCAUCUGUGACACAGGGUAUCAGGGUGAAGAUUGUAGCCAGUUGGCAUGUCUGAACAACUGUAACAACAGAGGCCAGUGCAUAAAUGGACAGUGUGCGUGUGAUGUCGGCUUCCAGGGAGACGAUUGCUCCGAGCUGUCCUGUCCAAACAGCUGCUUGCACAGGGGGCGCUGUCUCAAUGGUCAAUGCGUAUGCGAGGAAGGCUUCGCUGCUGAGGACUGCAGCAUCCGCACAUGCCCUUCAAACUGCUACGGCCGUGGAGAGUGCUCCGAGGGGCGUUGUUUAUGCCACGCAGGCUUCACUGGUGAAGACUGCAGUGAAUUGAGCUGCCCCAACAACUGUAGGAACCAUGGCCGGUGCAUCAAUGGUCAGUGUGUCUGCGACGAAGGGUUUGCAGGAGAAGACUGCAGUCAGAGAGCUUGUCCCAACGACUGCCUGACCCGGGGUUACUGUGUGGACGGAGAGUGCAUUUGUCAUGAAGGCUAUUCGGGAGACGAUUGCUCCGUGCUCACCUGUCCAGAUAACUGCAACAACAGGGGGCGUUGUGUCGACGGAAGAUGCAUGUGUGAGAUCGGAUAUGAAGGAGAAAGCUGUGCAAUGAUGAGCUGCAUCAACAACUGCCAGGACAAAGGGCACUGUGUGAACGGUCAGUGUGUCUGCGAUGAGGGAUACAUCGGAGAAGACUGCUCACAAGUAUCUCCUCCAAAGGACCUAACUGUUGGGGAGGUCACCAGUGAGACUGUCGGCCUGUCCUGGAACAAUGAGAUGCUGGUCACAGAGUACCUCGUCACAUAUGUGCCCACAAUUCCUGGCGGUCUUCUCCAAGAGUUCACUGUGUCUGGAGACAAAACUGCUGCAACUGUUAAAGAGCUUGAGCCUGGUCUUGAGUAUCUGAUUAAUGUCUACGCUGUUCUGAGUAACAAAAGGAGCAUCCCUGUGAGUGCACGGGUGGCCACAGACCUUCCGCAGCCAGAAGGGCUAAGAUUCAAAUCAGUAAGAGAGACCUCAGUCGAGGUCAUUUGGGACGAGCUGGACAUCCCCUUUGAUGGCUGGGAGAUCUAUUUCCGCAACAUGAAAGAAGAAAAUGGAAAAGUUUCAAGCACCCUUCCACCCUCUCAGAACCAAUUCUUCCAAUCAGGGCUUGGACCAGGACAGGAGUAUGAAGUCUCCAUCAACAUCAUCAAGAACAACACCAGAGGACCCCAAACAACCCAAACAUUCACUACCAAGAUUGAUAGCCCUCAGCAGGUGGAGGUGAAGGAUAUUACGGACUCCUCGGCUCUGAUCAGCUGGUCUCAGCCAGUGGCUCCCAUGGAUGGAAUCACCAUGUUUUACAUGCCCAGCUCUGACCCUUCAGAUGAAAAUCGUGUGGCUAUAUCCCCCCCAGACAAGCAGUAUAGCAUUGAUGGUCUGAGGCCAGACACCGAGUACACAGUGUCGCUCAUUUCCAGGAGUGGAGACAUCACCAGUGACCCUGUCACUGCCACAUUCACUACAGCACUGGAUGCCCCCACGAACCUUCAGACUGUGUCCCAGACAGACAACAGCAUCACCCUGGAGUGGACCAACAGUGAAGCUGAUAUUAGUAGCUAUCGGGUAAAAUACAGUCCCAUCUCUGGGGAAAUUCAUGGUGAGGAAGUGUUCAAGCGAGGACCAGGCGAUAGCACACAGGCUACCAUCACCAGGCUAAAGCCAGGUACAGAGUACGGGAUUGGAGUGACUGCUGUGAAGAAUGAGAGAGAAAGCCUCCCAGCUACCACAAACGCAGCAACUGACCUCGAUCCUCCCAGAGAUUUUGAGGAAAUUGAAUCCACAGAGACGUCUCUCAGCGUCAAGUGGCAGAAACCUCAGGCCAAAAUCAGUGGAUACAGACUGGUGUACAUCUCCAGAGACGGUCAGGUUGGGGAGGUGGGGUUCCCAGCUGCAACGACUACCUAUCAUUUGCCCAAUCUGACUCCUGGGAUGAGCUACACCCUUACCUUGACUGCAGAGAGGGGGCACAAAAGGAGCACACCCGUCUCCCUGUCUACAUCCACAGCCUCUUUCACAUUUUAUUUAGCUGACUCAGAUGACCGUGAGCUAGCGACUCCUACAGGCUUGGAGGACAAUGUCAUUAGCUUUGUGUAUCUAGACCCCUCCGAGUCCCAGUUUUCUGGGACCGAGCCUGAGGAUGAGCCUGGAGUGCUGACUGUCUCAAGUGUCACGUCUGAUGGAUUUGAUCUGUCAUGGAAACUAAAGGCUCGUGGUGUCUAUGAUAGUUUUGCACUAGAAUAUAAAGACACUCAGCGAUUGUGGGACAUGAGAGAGGUUCAACUUCCUGGAGAUGCCCAUGGCUCUAGAAUCCAUGGCCUGACGGCAUCGACAGAAUAUCUAAUAAAACUUUAUGGAAUAACAGGUAGCCAACGAGCUGCGCUACUUGAAGCUGUUGCAAUCACAGCACCCAAGCCCACAUCUCCAGAUGUGCUUACGCUGAGUAUCAAAGAUGCCUCAACGCUCCUACAGUCUGUUCCGGAUAAUGAAGCUGUUCAAAACCCAGACAUCCUCGAUACUCUAAAUAAUGAAGUAACUUCCACUUCUGAUUCUGGCGGGAUAAGCUCCGGUGCCGAGCCUGACAGCUCAGGCUUGGACCUACUCGGGGAUCUCACAGUCAGUGUUACCGCCACUAGUGUAAAGCUGGCGUGGUCCGCACCCGAUGAGGCGUUCGAUAGCUUUUUGGUGGAGCUUACUGCUCCGUCAGCAACAACGCAACCUCGUGUGACCACGGUACCAGGAAAUAUGAGGAAGGCUGAAAUAGAAGGGUUGUCCCCUGCUACACACUAUGAUAUUACAUUGCAAGGGCUGGUGGAAGGGGAGCGAUCUUUACCUCUCAGAGUUUUUGCUACUACAGAGAUGCUGACGCCAAUGGUGGUGAACCUCACCAUCUCUGACAUAACAUGGGAUGGCUUCACUGCGUUCUGGAGCCCCACGAGUGGGGACUUUGACAGCUUUGUGAUUGAGGUAACAAACCUGGAGAAUUUUGCAGAGAGCCAGAACCUCACUCUGUCCGGAGACGCUUUGAGCCUGGGUAUCUCUGGGCUGAAUCCCAACACCAGCUACAUGGUUGGCCUGUAUGGGAUGUAUCAGGGCUCCUUCCUUGAACCUGUGUACAGUGAAGCCACCACAGUGAAUCAACCAGUGGUUGGCAAAAUAUAUAUCAUGAACUUAACGUCAGAGAGCUUUUCAAUCCUCUGGAAUGGCACUGAAGGAGAGUUUGAUGGUUUUGUCCUGGAGAUAAUUGAUUCUGAUUGGCUGAUGGAGCCAAAGGAGUAUAACAUAUCCCAUGAUGUAAAGUCCUAUGAUGUCACAGGGCUCAGGCCCAGCACUGAUUACAUAGCCUACCUCUAUGGAACGUACAAGGGAUCCAGAACGAGUGCAGUCAGUAUUGUUGCAUCGACAGCUGAAGAGCCCGAUUUGUCCAAGCUAGUUGUUUCUAACAUUACCUCAGACAGAUUCUCUCUGUCUUGGCGGACAAGAGAGAAGGCUUUUGAUAAGUUUAUAGUAGAAGUCAGAGAGUCUGCUUUGCCCUCGCAGGCAAUGGGGCGCGCUCUGCCUGGAGACGUGCGCUCCACAGUAAUGGCGGGGCUCAAAGCGAGCACGGGCUACAACAUAAAGCUGUAUGCCACUGGUGUUGAUGGCCAGAACACACAACCCCUAUUUGCUGUAGCUACAACAGAGGACAUCCCACAGUUGGGGCCCAUAGCUGCUUCAUCUGCGAGUCCACAUAACCUCAGCUUGUCCUGGAGCACUGUGUCAGGUCAUUUUGAUGGCUUUGUUAUCCGAGUCAGUGAUUCUGAGCAGCAGUCUGAGACACUGGAGUUCAGAUUGCCUGGUGAUGUCCGUAACAUUACAGUCACUAACCUGAUGGAUGCUACAGGCUAUGAUAUUGAACUAUACGGUAUUUCUCAUGGGCGUCACACCCCCACAGUGUUAGCCCACGCUGUCACAGCUCCUUUGCCUAAAGUGGAAAACUUGACCAUUUCCAACAUAACCCCCUAUGGCUUCCGUGUGUCGUGGGGGGUGAAGCAUCAGCUACCGCAGGAUAAUCUAACCCCCUCUAGUGGUGGCUUCAGCCAUUUCCACAUAGUGGUGACAGACUCUGGCUGGCUGCUGAAGGCUCAGGAGUUCACUGUGCCAGGAAACCAAAGUCACCUGGACAUCGGGGGCCUCAUUACCGGCAUAGGCUAUGAGGUCCGACUGACAGGGGUGUCAGAGUCAGGGCUUCUCUCUCGGCCUCUGACUGCAGUGGCUGUGACAGAGGCUGAGCCAGAAGUGGAGCAUCUCUUUGUCUCAGACGUCACAGCUGACAGUUUCCGUCUGACGUGGACUGCCAAUGAAGAUCUGUUUGACCGAUUUGUGAUCAAAAUAAGAGACAGCAAAAGGUUAGCCCAUCCUCAAGAGCACAGCGUCCGCGGCGAUGAACGAACCAAGGUCAUAACCGGACUUAUGGGUGGCUCCGAGUAUGAAAUCGAGCUUUACGGUGCCACACUGGAUCGACGCUCCCAACCUAUUACAGGGGUUGUUCAGACAGGCCUCAGCACUCCCAGAGGACUUCACUUCUCUGAAGUGACUGACUCUUCAGCCGUAGUUCACUGGUCCAUGCCUCGCUCUCCGGUGGAUAACUACCGCAUCACCUAUGUGCCAUUUGAAGGAGGAAGCCCAAUGACAUUGACUGUAGAUGGCAGCGUGUUCGAGGCUUUGCUUCCCAAUAUGAUUCCCGGAAAGACGUACCAAGUAACCGUCAGUGCUCUGAAGGGUCUGGAGGAAAGUGACCCCAGCACAGACACUGUGACCACAGGUUUGGACAGACCUCGUGGUCUUACUGUUAUCAAUGUCACGGACACUUCGGCCCUGUUGCUGUGGCAACCAUCUGUCGCCACUGUUGAUGGCUACAUCAUUACCUACAGUGCUGAUUCUGUGUCCCCAACAGUGGAGCACGUUUCUGGGAACAUUGUGGAGUUUGAGAUGAACUCCUUGGUUCCAGCAACCCACUACACCGUGGGAGUUCAUGCUAUGAAAGAAGCUCAGAGGAGUGCUUCUGCUGUUACCGAAUUCACCACAGAUGUGGACCCUCCUCGCGAUCUGAUAGCUAUGAAUAUUCAAACUGACAGCGCCACUCUGAAGUGGAGACCACCUCAUGCUGCUGUCACUGGAUAUAUGCUCAGCUUCUCCUCUGCUGAUGGAACAAUCAGGGAGGUGAUGCUAAGCCCAACAGCAUCAUCUUACAGCAUGUCGCAGCUCACUGGCUCCACGGAGUACAAUGUGAGACUGCAGGCUGCCGCUGGAGCCCAGAGGAGUCGCCACGUGGCCACCGUCUUCACUACCCUCGGACAGUUGUACAGACGCCCACGGGACUGUGCUCAGAUAUUACUGAACGGAGAGACGACCGCUGGUCUGUAUACCAUCUAUAUUGGAGGAGAGGAGAGCCAGCCCAUCCAGGUUUACUGUGACAUGACCACAGAUGGCGGAGGAUGGCUGGUUUUCCUCAGACGCCAGAAUGGAAAGCUGGAAUUCUUCAGGAACUGGAAGAACUACACGGCUGGCUUUGGUAACAUGAACGAUGAGUUCUGGCUGGGUCUCUCCAACCUCCAUAAAAUCACAUCUUCAGGCCAUUAUGAGCUGCGAGUGGACUUGAGGGACAACGGGGAGACCGCCUACGCGCAAUAUGACAAGUUCACAAUUGCGGAGCCAAGGACACGCUAUAAAAUCUACAUAGGAACAUAUAGUGGAACAGCAGGUGACUCCAUGACCUACCACCAGGGUCGGCCCUUCUCCACUUACGACAAUGAUAACGAUAUCGCUGUGACCAACUGCGCCUUGUCCUACAAAGGCGCCUUUUGGUAUAAAAACUGUCACCGUGUCAACCUCAUGGGGAAAUAUGGCGACAAAAGUCACAGUAAGGGGAUCAACUGGUUCCACUGGAAGGGCCACGAACACUCGAUCCAGUUUGCAGAGAUGAAGAUAAGGCCGGCCAACUUCAGAAAUUUUGAGAGCAGAAAAAAGCGAUCAUAGACUCAUCAAGCCCUCUCUCCUUCACACCUCAUCUCCAAGCAUCAGCAUCUGUGCUCCCCCAUCUUUAAGACACUCUCGAACACACGAACACACGUACAGGCAGUCACACCACGCUGUGACUGAGUUUUCAAUGUGGGGAAAGACCCUGGAGGAUCAUUAACUGGGGUUUUUUUGUUGUUUUUUGUGUAGUUCUCCCGUGUGUGAUUGUAUAUUUUUGCAUUCCCAAAGAGAGUAGAUGCUAAGUUUGAUUCACGAACGGACAUAUAUGUGUUGUUGGGACCAAACACCUGUAGAAAAAUUUAAGUAAAUUAAUUAAAAAAAUUAAAAAUGGAUCUGAAACGAUUCACUGAAUCAGUAACAUGUCAAAAGGCACAUCCCCUGAAGUCAUGCAUCAGAGCGUUCGCCUCAUCCAUCUCAAACGGAAACACUGACCAGGUUAGAUGCAUCACAUGCAAACUUUAAAGCUUAAAAACUUAAAUAUUGUCAUAUGUUUACUGUACAAACCCACUUAUCCCACCCCCCAAGAAGCUAUUGAACUCUUGCUUGAAUUUUGAUUUACUUAUUUUGAUAGGAAAACAAAAAGACCUGAUGCUCUGUAACCUUCAAUACAAAUAAAAG